CCAUAAACUCGAAACCCAGAUCAAGAAGCAACAAUGGCGGCCUUUAGCAGCAGCAGGAUGAUGGCAUUCCUCAUCAUUUCGCUUGUACUCCUAGCUGUUGUAGGCACAUCGAGCUCAAGGGAAUUAUUGGCAGUCGUCAAGGCUGCAAAUCAUCAUCAUCACGGACACGAUCUCAACUCCACCGUGACGAUAAGCAGUGCGAAUGAUCAGCCGACGACGAACCACCACCACGACCACCACGACCACAAACACGGCGGGACAAAGAAGAAGAAGAAACACGGUGGGUGCAGUUGUAACAAGGAUUGCGAGGGCCACGUCACUGAUUGUGGCGAUGGUGAAGCAUAUUGUUCAGAAGGCUCGUGCGGCUGCUACGGCCGUCGUCGAUGAUGAUGAUGAUCUUCUUUCUUUCGACUCAUAAUAUAUAUAUAGCUCUCUGCCUCUCGGAUCGCCAUGAUCAAAGUUAUAUUUUGGUGAUCAUCGUGAGCUGAAGUGCUGUUUUUGAAAAAAUAAUGACGAGUACCAAAGAUGAUUUGAUAGUUGUGUAUCUGUUUGAUACUCCUUGUUGGCCGUUUCUUGGGUUUUUAGGUUGGCUAUGUCUCUAGUCCUUUUUUUUAGUUAUCUGUUUCACAUUGCAGUUAUAGUUUCCCACCGGAAAUUGAGUUCAAUAUUUUCUGAUUACCUUCUUAUAAUGUUUUUAUUUUAAUCUAAAUCUAAACAACUCCUAUAUGGAGGUUCCGCUCAGGAACCCACCUCAUUCACUUUUUCCUUCUUUCUGUGCACAGUUCGGAAGGUCUUUUUGGUCUUUGUAAAUUUAAUUGCAGCCGGUCUCUUGAGUCUGUUUCACGUGUACAUUUCCUUCUUUUUUUACCAAUGUACAUUUUGCUUUGAGGAACCGAUUAUGGAUAUGAAUGCAUAAAGUUAUAUGGUGAUAAUAAAAAUAAUAGGAUAAA